UGACAAUAGAAAAAACACCCCGACAGAUUUGCUCUUUUCUUAUUGGAACUAUUCAAUUGUCAAACUGUUCCCUGAACUUAAAGAAGUGAUUUAGCUAUCCCUUUGAAUCGAUUUAUUAUUGAUAAAAAGUGUGAUUUAUAUCAAAUCAAUCAAAUUUAUUCGAAAAUAUACGUGUUAUAAUUGCUGUUAGUGGUUGUUACAUUCGCAUACAACACAUUCACGUGUCACUCAGCAAAUCAUUUAUCAGCGCUGUCCAGUCUUCAACUAACUCCUCAGAAGAAAUAAGGUGCGAAGGUGGAGCGAAAGUGAAAUUUUAGACUUAUCAAUCUUUGCAGAUUCUCUCGUUUUUAUCUGACGUUUUUGCUUCUACCCUGUAUACUCGUUUGACGCAAAAGCUUAGAAAAGUGCAUAAUUCAUCCAAAGAUUUACACGCGUGUCCGAAAGUAGUCAAAUAAAAUAUCUCAAGUCCGUCUGUGGAAAAUUUUCAUUCAAUAGAAUUUCGUAUUGCGAGAUUCAUAAUCGGAACAGUAGUGCAAUAUAAGAAAAUCUUAUAAAAGGAAAAUACAGUGCAAAUUGUUUGUGAGGAGAGCAAAAUAAAUCGGAAAAAUUGUGAUAUUGUGAGAAUUCCCGUAUGAUCUGCCAGCGCCAAUGCCAAAGUUAACUGCUACGCCGGCUGACAACGAUAGUUCUCCACGAUAAAAAUCAUUCUCGCGUACGACUAUCUAGUUGGCGCAAGCGGCUGUGUUCUCCCUUUACUUUCGGGAAUAGUUGACGAAGAAACAAAACAAAACCUUUUAAGUAAAAAAAAGUAUUAAUACAAGUGUUGAAGAAUAUUAAUUCUUAAGUGUUAACAAUUAUAAGAAAAUCAGUAAGUUACAUUGACUAACUAGUAAAAUAUAAAAUUACAACAGGAGAUUGAACAACGAUAUACGAAAAUAAACGAAAAUGCUGAUCAAAGAAUACCGCGUUACCUUGCCAUUAACUGUGGAAGAGUAUCAAGUUGCACAACUUUAUUCAGUUGCUGAGGCAUCGAAGAAUGAGACCGGCGGCGGCGAAGGCAUUGAAGUGCUAAAAAACGAACCAUUCGAUAAUUAUCCCCUAUUGGGUGGUAAAUACAAUGCCGGUCAGUAUACAUAUAAAAUCUAUCAUUUGGCAUCAAAAGUUCCAGCAUUUAUAAGACUGUUGGCACCGAAGGGUUCCUUAGAAAUACAUGAAGAGGCAUGGAAUGCCUAUCCGUAUUGUCGAACGGUCAUAACGAAUCCCAAAUUUAUGAAAGAUGGUUUUAGAAUUACCAUAGAUUCGAUGCACGUGCGAGAUGAUGCGGGCAAUAUACCAAAUGUGCAUGAACUGCCACCUGAGAAACUUAAAACACGCGAAGUUGUUCACAUCGACAUUGCGAAUGAUACCGUCUUGCCUGCCGAUUACAAACCCACUGAGGAUCCAACCAAAUUCAAGUCAGAGAAAACUGGUCGUGGCCCGCUAGUGGGUCCAAAUUGGAAGAAAAACGUCGAUCCAGUGAUGACUUGCUAUAAAUUGGUGACAUGCGAAUUUAAAUGGUUUGGAUUGCAGACAAGAAUAGAAAACUUUAUACAAAAGUCAGAGCGACGAUUAUUCACAAACUUCCAUCGUCAAGUGUUCUGUUGGAUGGAUCGCUGGCACGGUCUGACAAUGGAGGACAUACGCGCCAUUGAGGAGAAGGUCAAAGAGGAGCUUGAUCGGCAGCGUCAGGUGGGCGAGGUGCGGGGCAUGCGUGCUGAUAGUGAUUAA